GAAUUGAAAGGAAUAGCUUUGCAACAACUUCAAACUAAUUUACAAAACAUUCAGUAUUUGAUUAUAGACGAAUAUUCAUUUGUUGGCCAGAGCUUAUUUGGGUGGAUAGAUUGUAGAUGCAGGCAAGCUACAGGUUUAGCUGAUCAAGCUUUUGGUGGUCUUUCUGUUAUUCUGGUCGGUGAUAUAGCACAGUUAUCCCCAGUUGGUGAUAAACCACUUUUCCAUUCUUUGCCAAAAUCAGAAAAAACAGAUUCAGGGUCACCUCAUAUAUAAAGAGUUCAAACAAGUCGUCACAUUGUCAGUGAAUCAUAGAGUUGAUGGCAAAACUAAUGCCCACAGCUGCUUUAGAGAUCUCCUCAUUAGAGCACGAAAUGGAGAAUCCACUUUGGCAGAUUGGCAGACAUUGUUAUCUAGAACUCCUGAAAAUGUAACAAAUAUUGAAGAAUUCCUAACAUCAUCUGUAAGGCUAUCCUAUCUGAAGGCAAAAGUUGCAGAAAUGAACUUGAUCAAAUUAAAAAUCUAAACCAGCCAAUAGCAACAAUCAAAGCCCGUCAUUCUGGUGGUGCUCAAACACUUAGCUCUGAUGAAAUGGGAGGAUUAGAACCUGUCAUAUAUUUAGCUAAAGGUGCUAGAGUUAUGCUCACUAUGAACAUGUGGACAGAAGUUGGUCUUUGUAAUGGUGCACUAGGAACUGUAUUAGAUUUUGUAUAUGCUGAUGGGCAAACUCCUCCAGCCCUGCCUAUUUGUGUUCUUGUACAGUUUGAUGAACAAUAUAAUGGACCUUCUUUA